AAUCUAACACAAAAACUUUUUUGAAGUAGUCCUGAGAAAUCGCUCUGGUUCUGGUCUCGCUCUCUCUAAAUCGGCUCUGGGAUUCUUGGAAUAAUCAGAGAUACAAACAGACGAAGAAGUUGUUCAUCUUGAUCUCAAACUAUUCUGUCUGCUUCGACCCUAUUUCCGCUUUUAGGGUCCAAUUCAUUAUCAGAUGUUCGAGAUUUCCACUUUCUGGGAAUUGGGGUUUGAUAUUUUUAUCCUCUACUCUCUUGUAAAACGUAUUCUCUGAUACCCAGUAUUUCAAAGAGCUAACACCCAACUCCACAAAUUAGGUCGUUCAGUUUCCUGUAUUACUAUAUAGCACUUGGAGGAGUUUGGGUUUUUCUUUUUCGAAUUAGGUUAAAGUCAUGUUCUAUGGUGCAGCUGUAUGGGAUCCUUACCUUAUAAUUGCCCAGAUUGUUUGCCUUCAAUGUCUAUACUAUAUAUCACUUGGAGGAUUUACUGCAGUUCUUAUUGGGACACGGGUAUCUCGGUUAAGUCUUGUGUAUUUCUUUGACUAUGUUACUGUUUCUACAUCCACUGUCACUGGCUGGUGUGUUAUUGCUUCAUUUACAUUCAGUUCUCUUGCUGGAGCUGUUUUCAUGCUGUAUUUGGUUCAGAGGUCAAGGAAAUGCUUAGAUUUCUCAGCCACUCUUUAUAUUGUUCAUCUACUCAUCUGCAUAAUCUAUGGAGGUUUGCCUUCAUCAAUAACUUGGUGGGUUGUUAAUGGAACCGGAUUUGCAGUGAUGGCUUGGUUAGGUGAAGACUUAUGCAGAAGACGUGAACUGAAAGAGAUACCAAUAUCAAGAUACCGUUCUAUUGUUUGACAGAAAGAAGAAACAUAACAGGCAAGAACAUGUUUUAAGUAAUGAUUGCUUUGGAUUAACUAUUGGAAUGAAGCCUGUGAAAUACAAUAUUUGCCUUAUGAUUGGAUAGUAUGUAUGAAGAUGGUUUUUAUUUUUAUUUUUUUGAACAUUGAAUUGUUUCCUUUGAUAGAGCAUAGAUUAAAAACAAUUUAGAAGUUUCAUGUAUGGUGUGUUUAUAUAGAGUUUGUUCAGGUCUAGGAAAUCUUAUAAGACACUUUUAAAGGUUUUACCCAUUAUAAAAUUGUUUUUUUUUUUUUGUAUAAGGA